AUUAAAUUAACGCUAAAUAAAAGCAUUUAGGUUGGCGACAUUGAAGGACGCUGUUCUGUCAAAACAAUUUUCUAACCUUAAAGUAGCAACUGUAAAAAACAUUUAGAAAAGCGACAAAUUAAACAUAAAUCAUGUCAAGUGGUAUGUUAUAUGGUGGUGAUGAAAUAGGUGCGUUGGUUUUUGAUCCCGGGCAUCAUUCGUUGCGAGUUGGUUACGCUCAAGAAGACACUCCAAAAGCCGAAAUUCCGGCUUGUGUUGGUGUUGCUCCGGAUGACUCUCCGAAAUUGGAACCUGAAGUUAAACCAGACGAUGGAAAUGUUACUACUUCUUCGUCAGCAUACAAGUAUUACAUUGACACAACAUUCCUUCAUACACCAAGACCAAAUAUGGAACUACACCAUUACAUGAAAGACGGAAUGAUAGAAAAUUGGGAUUUGUUUGAAAAAAUCUUGGAUUAUUCAUAUGAAAAAAUAAUUCAAUCCGAAUCCCAAUAUCACCCUGUAUUAUUUUCUGAAUGUCCAUGGAACCAAAGGCAAAAACGUGAAAAACUUACGGAGAUCAUGUUUGAAAAGUACAAAGUGCCUGCAUUCUUUUUGGUUAAAAAUGCUGCGCUAGCAGCUUUCGCAAAUGGAAGAGCCACUGCCCUUGUUAUUGACAGUGGAGCCACUCAUACCACUGCUGUUCCAGUGCUGGAUGGUUACGUUUUGACAAAUGCUGUUGUUAAAUCGCCUUUAGGUGGGGACUAUUUAGUUAUAAGAUCAAAGGAAAUGUUGGAGAGUAUCGGUAUUGAUUUAACACCAGCUUCCCUGGUAGCAAACAAAGAAGUUGUAAGAGAAAAAGAUAAGCCCAGGUUUACGAAAAAAAAAAUUAGUUUUACUCCAAGUAAUAGCUAUAUGUCAUAUAUGAUUAAGAGGACUGUUCAGGAUUUUCAGCAAACUGUAUUACAAGUUUCAGACUUGCCCUAUGAUGAAAGGACAGCUCUAAAUUUACCAGCUCUUCACUAUGAAUUUCCUUCAGGUUACCAUCAAGAUUUCGGCCCAGAAAGAUUUAAAUUGGCUGAAGGGUUGUUUGAUCAUGCAGUUUUGGGGGCUGGACAUUUAGCUGCUACAAGUGCUGGUAUGUGCGACGUGGACAUUCGUCCGGCUUUGUACAGUUCUGUGGUUUUGACUGGAGGUAAUUCCUUGGUGCAAGGAUUCAGUGAACGACUUAGCAAAGAUUUGUCCAGUCGGACUCCAGGUUCGAUGAGAUUAAAGAUGAUUGCAGCCAACGGUACAGUUGAAAGACGAUUCGGAUCGUGGGUGGGGGGAUCGAUUUUGGCCUCGAUUGGAACAUUCCAACAAAUGUGGGUGUCGAUGCAAGAAUAUCAAGAAUCCGGCAAAGCACAAAUUGAUAGAAAGUGUCCUUAAACUUAACAAAUGUAUACUACAGUAUUUAAAUUUUGACCAAUUUUGUUGGAGCUUACAAAUAAAAUGAGGAUUUUAAAACAAGUGUAACAAAUAAUUUUUUAAAUAAAAUUUUACAAAACA